AUGCUGGAGGUGAAAGUGCAGCACAACUCAGAGUCAGAGUACUUGGCCAGAGAUGGUCCUUCAAGCAACAGCUCCUUCUACAGCAGUGAAGGAGAGGGGACAGACCAUGAGGGAGAUAUUCUGGAUUGCAGCGGGUCCAGGCCUUUACUGAUGGAUUCGGAAGAGGAGGAGGAGACGUGCAAGCUGUGCCCAGGGUUCCUGCAGCCUGUGCCCAGGGAGAGGCGUGAGGCCUCCAAAGAAGAUCCCCACUCCCAGGCCAGAGCAGGGGAGAUGCUGUUCCCGGCCUUCCAGUCGCGCACUGGGGAGGUUUUUAAUGAACCGGAUGUGUUUGCCACGGCUCCUUUCCGAAGCUCCAGGAAGGUGCUUGAUGAAGUGGAUGUCUUUACCAAAGCUCCUUUUAUCUGCAAGGGCAGCGCAGCUCUACGACAUCCAGAGGAAGCAGAUGUAUUUCUGAGAGCCCCUUUCACUAAGAAGAAAAGCAUGGAAGAGUUGACUUCCCAUAAGGAGCCGUUCACACCACCCGUUUUCCUAAGCCAAGGAGGCGAUGGCCGAGCUCACCCGAUGUUCCCGUGCCUGGAUUCAGCAGCACGCGGGUCCGUGGCCUCGGUGAGAGCUCCAUACCCUUCUGCUGGGUUUGCUCAGCCAGGCAAUCUCCAUCCCUGCUCCGUGAGAGCCGCGGAGGCCCAGGAGAGCGUCCCUGCUAAAGCAGUGCUGCCGGAGCAGGGCGAUGUGGCCGGAGAGAGGAGCCACGGCCACGCGCUGCCCCCGGAAGCCGCGCUGGGCUCCGUGGCCAACAAGCCUUUCCGUCCGCAAUCCCUGUCCAAGUAUUCCCGGCACUACAGUCCCGAAGAUGGGCCGGGCCUUGAAGCCAAGCCCAUAGCUGCUUACAAAGUGGUGUCUCAGACCAACAGACAGGCCAUAGCAGGGUCUGUCGCUGUUGUCCCACUGUCUUCCAGGACUACGGAGCUGCCCGGCGCGGAUCCCUUCGCCUCGGCGCCCUUCCCUUCCAAAGCGGCAAAGCAGAAGCCUUAA